GUUUUGUUUCUAGCACGCAGGAUGCUACACUAUGGCACCAUCAGAAUUUUUCCGUAAAAAUUUUGAUUAGUUUGAAAUGUGGACUAUAACACUUCUACACAUCGUAGUAAUUUUGAUAUCAUGCAACCACUUCACUAGUGUUUCCUCGGCACUUAUUGUAAAAACAAGACCUUCCCUGUAUACAAUAGAUACUUUAAAUGUUAAAUUUGCAGUAAAAAGGAAGAGAAACGUAACUAGGGUACGCAUACAGAAGUGUUGUGGACCUUAUACUAAAAAAUGUAACCCAACCAAAAAAUUCACAACCAAAACUUCAACAUAUAAUACAAUAUUGGCAUCCAAAAUUACUACAUUAACGAACGAAGCUUCAACCCAAGCAGUUGAAAUUCAAACAAAUCUUCCAAAUCAAGAUUCUACAACUUUGGUCGAAGAAAGUACGUUAUCAGAGCAAUCCAUCGCAAGCUCCCCUGAAGCAGAAACAACUACGACCGAAUUAUCAACGCUCAGCGAUCCUUCAACAGAACAAAUAUUAUUAGUUACCACUGAAAUCCCUUCAUCAACAACAAGCGCAGCGAUUACUACUAUGACCGAUACUACUACAACAACUAUCACACCUACUUCCACUGUAGCACAAACCACUACUACUGUAGCACAAACCACCACUAAUGUAGCACAAACCACUACAACUGUUGCAAAAACCACUACAACUGUAGCACAAACCACUACUACUGUAGCACAAACCACUACCACUAUAGCAAAAACCACUACCACUGUAGCACAAACCACUUCUACUGUAGCACAAACCAGUACCACCACCACUAAACCAACCACCACCACUACCAAGACUAGCACAAGUACCUCAACCACGACUACAACUCCAAAACCAUUGUGUCUUCCGUACAGUUGCAAUACAAAUAGUUCAAAACUAGGGUCAGAUGGUAGAGUACUAGCGUCAGCAGUUACUGAUGGAGUGCUGAAGGAGAUUGGGAAUAGGCAGUACUUAUUCAGUUCAAGUGCGAAAAGCUGGCCUGAAGCAGCAUCUGCUUGUUGUUCACUUGGGAUGAGUCUUUUGAGUUUGGAAACUGCUGACGAAUAUUUAUCGAUAGCAGAUAUUGUUGACUCUUCUGAUAACGGUAGUUUCAACGGCGAAUAUUUCACUUCCGGAAGUGACAACAAACUGGAAAACUCUUUCGUUUGGUGCACAUCAAAUAAUACCACUAUUGCUUCCCCACCGUGGGCUGCUGGCGAACCGAGCGACAAAACGGAAACGGAAAACUGUAUCGUGGUGUACACUGAAUUCGGCAAAAAUCCCCAGCUUGGUGAUAAAUCGUGUCCUACAGCCACUAAAUAUAUUUGUGAAAUGCCAGUGAUUCCGAGAGUUUCAACAUGUGUGCAGCAGACCUGCAAAGCUGAUCCCAAUUUGAUAGGGUCAGAUGGACAAGUAAACAUGACUGCGCCAGCAAUCGAUGGAAACUUUAUGGUUAUAUGUGGAAAAUUAUACUUUAUAAGCAAAUCAGCAAAAACCUGGCAAGAGAGUGCAGACGAAUGCUGCAAAAGGAAAAUGAGAUAUCUCACUGUAGAAACUGAUGAAGAGCAUAUGUGCUUGGCUGAAUUCAUGAUGAAUCCUUACGGUCGCCAAUAUAACGGAGUUUGGUUUUGGACUUCUGGCUCGGAUAUUUCUGUUGAAGGCGUCUACACCUGGUGCUACUCGGACAAUACUCAGGCAAACAUAAGCUUUUCCAAUGUAUUAAAAUGGGCCGUUACACAGCCUGAUAACGGCGGAAACGUUGAAGACUGCAUAAAUAUCUUCACGCACAACGUCGCUCCCCCAGGCAGCAUCGAUUAUAAUGAUAUAGUUUGCAGCAGGGGCUUGCAAUAUAUAUGCGAGCGGCCAUUGUUUGGAUCAGUUCCGUUUCCCGAAUGUCCAACAGUAGAUUGCAAACCGGAGCCUGCAAAAGUUAACGAGUCCCAGAAAUGGCUGUCUUCAUCAGCUGCAGUGGGAGAUUUUUAUAAUGCGUGUAGUAGACAGUACUUUGUCAGUGUUGUAGCGAAAACUCGAGACGAGGCGAUGACAGAGUGCUGCAAGUAUGGUCUACAAUUAUUGAGUAUUGACACUCAACAAGAGCUUCAAUGCAUUGUGGACAUGAAUAAUGCACAAUCAAAGAAAUCUGCGAGAUUUUGGACAUCUGGGUCAAACAUGGGCAUCUUGAGUGCCAGCAACCACGGUUGGUGCACCUCGAAGAAUCUGAUUUACAACAAAACCCUUUGGGAAAGUUCUCAGCCAGACAAUCCGUACACAGAAAGGUGCAUUUCUUUCAACGUGGCUGUUGGAGACAUAUCUUUGUAUAAAAUUCACGAUACUACGUGCUCCACAACUUUACCUUUUAUCUGCGAGGGUGAUGUACCACCACGCGUAUAAUAAUUUGAACUUUCUGGCUUAAAAAGACGGAGGACGGAGGUAUUGCUAGCAGAUGCCUUUCCUACAUUGAUGGAAAUAACUUAUUCCGUUCCUGAAAUUCAAACUCUGCCAAACAAUAAGGAUUAUGCAAUCGUGCGUUAAAAUUUUUAAUUAAUAAAAAUGCAAUUAAUCC